GCAGAUUUCGUCCGCUACGGCAACGCAAAACGCAUAAUGUCCCUCUCCAAAGCAGACACCUCGUCCCUCUGGAACGCAGUCCAAGACAACGACUACGCCUCCUUUGCAAAAAUAAACGCCCUCCUCCUCAACGCGCCCACCCCCCUCCGCAACGUGCCCCUGCGCGUCUACAUCCCGUCCUCGCCCCCGCCCGGGACCGGCAGCAGCAGCAGUAACACCGUCGUCGCCAACACCAGCACCACAUCGCCGCCACCACCACCAACCUCACAACAGGUACCUCCAACAACAACAUCACCAGCACCAGCACCAGCACCAGCAUCAGCAGGAGACACACCAGGAACAGGCGCCUUCAAAGUCCUCCAAACCCUCAUCCCCCCCGUAAUCCCCGGCACCCGCACCCGCCAGACCCUAGGCCGCGCGCUGCAGUCCCACCUACCCAGCUUAUUCCCCUCCAGCCGGGACCCCGUGCUUGCCAACGUCGUGCUGCACGGCUCGCCCGUGCCGUUUUCGGCGCCGUUGGAGGAUCUGAUGCGCGAGGCGGCGUAUCCGGAUGGGUGGCUGUGUUUGGCUGUCGUGUUGCUGUGA